UCCGGGCUGCGGCGCGGGAGGAGGAGGAGGAGGAGGAGGAGGAGGAGGAGGAGGAGAGAGAAAGAGGAGGAGGAGGAGGGAGAGGGACGAGGGCUCCAUCCGGGCAGGCAGCAGAAAGGGGCGAGAGGCGAGGUGCGUGGGACAGACCCGUCCUGCCGGCACCCUCCUGGCCAGCACGAGUCCCGGGGCGAUGGCGGGGUGGCAACUCCUGCUGCUGCUGGUGCUGCUGGUGGUGGUCUCGGCGCAUGCCGCGGCGCCCCGGCACGCCGCGUUGCUGCCCGACGCCGGCGGCAGCGGGGACGGUGACGAAGGUUUCAGCCUGCGCCGCCCGCCCAGCCAGGUGACAGCGGGGCCGGGUCCCACAAUCGGGGCCACCACGGGGACGGCCGUCACCAACAGCUCAGCGCCGGGCAACGUCCUGGACGGGCUGGUGGAUUUCUUCAAGGAGUACACGCUGCUGGUGGUGGUGGUGGGCUCGCUGGCCUUCGUCCUGCUCUUCAUCGUCUGCGCCGCCCUCGUGGUGCGGCAGAAGCACAAAGCCUCCGCCUAUUACCCCUCGUCUUUCCCCAAAAAGAAGUACGUGGAUCAGCGGGACAAGGCGGGGGGCAGCCGGGCUUUCAACGAGGUGCCCGAAAAAGCUCCGGAUCCCGGCGCCGAGGAACCCCUGGACUGCAGCCGGCAGCUGCAGGCUGACAUCCUGGCCGCCGCUCAGAGCCUCAAAUCCCCCAACAAAACCCCGCUGGCCAACGGGGCCAGCGCCCGGGGCGAGCACGAGGAAGAGGAGAAGGAGGAGGAAAAAGGGAAGGAGGAGGAAGAAAGCCAGCCCCCUCCCCAAAACCAAGCUGCAGGGGGCACGGAGGAGGCCCCCGGGGUGCCCCAAGAAGCCCCCCCCGGUGUCUAAUGGGGCCGCCGCACGGAGGGGCUGUGCCCGUGCCGCCGGACUCGGAGCCGGGCUCGCGCCCGCUCCCUCCUCUCCCCAAACCCCUGAAGACGAAGCACGGCCCCAGGCACCCGGCCCCAAGCACCUGGUGAAGGUUUUGCUGGUGGCCAGGACCUUCUGUAGGGUUUGGGGCGGUUCUGCAGGGGUUUGGGGCCGUCCCAGCCCACUUCGCCCUCCGCCUGCGGUGCCUGGGGGUGAGGGGAGCGGUGCCGUGCCCCCCCGGAGGCGUUUUGGUGAGGUCCCCACCACAAAAAAAGGAGGAAAAACUAAACCAGCAGCACCCGGGCAGCAGCAGGAGGAUUUGGGGACGGUGCCCCCAUCCCUGCGGUCAUACCCCAAACGUCGCAGCCCCUCGCAAAGCACGGGGGAGGGAGAGCUCGGAGCGGAGCUGGAUUUUUUGCCUUAUUUUCUGACCCCCUCGGCUCUGAAUAAAGACGUUGCCACGCGC